AACUCUCAAAACACUCACUAACCAACAAAGUUUAUUUGGAAGUUGAGUGUGUGCUGACUGAAAUCAUAUAGCAGCCUAUAGGCCUGUGUCAAUAUGGACAAAAGUUUUCUUCUUUUUCUGCUUUUGCUUCCAAUAGCUGCUCCAAAAGGCUCUCAUUCUUUGUGGGUGCUUGCAACGUACAUUAAAGGACAAACACCAUUUCCUGAAUUUAGCUAUGUAAUGAUGUUGGAUGAUGUCAGAGUUUUGUACUAUAACGGUGAGACGAAGACUCUCAUUCCCAGAGGAAAUACAACAACUGAAGAAGACGUGUUCAAUCCAAAUGUUCUCCUCACCAUAAGUGACAACAUACAAUCAUCUUUUAUGGAAAAAUGGGUAGUAGCAACCAAAAACUUUAACAAAACUGAUGGUGUUCUUGCCCUCCAGAGGCUGGUUGUGUGUGAACUGAGGGAUGAUGGUGAACCGGGACAAAUGAUCACACGGGAUGCUGUCAGAGGCUCCACCACUGAUGAGUUGCUAUAUGUUGACAAGAACUUCACAUACCAGGGGAAUUUAAACGUCUCAACCCAAGUGCUGAAUAUUCAUCUUGAAAUCAGCAUGAGACGUCAUGAAAGUUUUUAUCAGCCAUUCUGCAUCAAAACACUCAAGGGUUACCUUGAAAAAAGGAAGACUCAGAUCUAUAGAAAAGUGAAACCCAAAGUCAGGCUCCUCAAAAAAGAACUGUCUUCUGGGUUUCGUGUGAGUUGUUUGGCAACAGGACUUUACCCUCGUCACAUCAACCUGACCCUGUUCAGAGAUGGACAGCCUGUAUCUGAUCAGGAGAUCACUGGAGGAGAUCUGCUGCCCAAUGGUGACGGGACGUACCAGAUGAGGAAGAGUCUGGAGAUCAGUGCAGACAAACACAAAUACACCUGCUCUGCCACACACCUCAGUCUGGACAACAAACUGGACGUCACUUUGGAGUAUGAUCACGGAGAACCAUUUAAAUCAGUGAUUCCUUCAGUUCUGGUGGUUUUGGCUCUGAUGUUGGUGUUUGGAGUUGCAGUUGCUAUAACUGCAUGGAAAAGACGACGUGCAGAUUCAAUUAAAAGUGGCUAUUCUACUGCUUCUACAUCUGAAGAAAGUGUGGACACAACAUAGAAAUCGAUGUGAAUGCCAUGAUCCAGAGUGGGAUAUUCCAGAAAAACAUAUGUUACCUACACAAUUUCCAUUAUAAUUCAUUGGUUGAGGCCUAAUUUGGGUCUCCACCAACAGAGACUUUAUUUGGUGGUAGAUAUGAUGUAAUGUUUGUGUAUAUAUCAUUCUUUCAAGUUAUACAUUUUUUUAUUGUAAUAUAAAAAAAAUUAUUUUCUUAAAAACGUUCAUGCUCAUUAGUGCAGAAGGUGAAAAGAUAAAAAGGAAAAGAAGUAGUAAUAAAAAGACUCUUGGUUAAUGAUCAUGGAAAGCACACAGUAUUGUAAAUCUUUAUUUGUUUGUUUUCACCUUUUGUGAAUUGGCUUUCUACACUUUAAUACUGUACAAACCUAAGGAGUCAUAUUAAAUCAUAUUUGUGUCA